AUGCCUCCGUCGCCGUUUUUCGAACACGUUCAAGGAAGCCAGCCUCCGCCAGUCACUUCACAUGUCCAUCGGAGCCGAGAGUUCGUAUCCAGAUCUCCAAACACCUUUGGCGGCAGUGAUCUUCCCAUCACAGCAGCUUUCGUGGGACUGCCGAUGGGUGGGAAGGUCGGAGUUAAGAAAUCGAUACGACAACCUACCGUGCCAAAGGGCCAGGUCAUCUACACUGACCCAGUCGAAUUCAAUGUCGACCUCAGUCCAUCAUCACCGUCGAUUGGUACUCUCAAGCUGGCCAGCCUGGGAGCAGUAUCACCGGCCGUCCAGACCGCCACACCACGUAUUGGAUGCAGCAGGGCCACCACGAGAAUGCGUCUACUGUCACAGGCGCGAACACGAAGCACUUAUAACCCAGAAAGAAGGGAUUGCCGACUUCGCCGUUUGCAAUCAAGCAGCAGGCGGCAGCACGGCGCUCACCGGCGGUCUUGGUCCCCCUCGACACAGCGCUAUAAGCGAGAUCUCCUAGCUACGGCCGGCUCGGGCACGCAGACGCGCGCCAGCAACAGUCUGACCAUGGCCUUCGAGCCUGUUGCCACCGAUGCCAAGAAACAGGCAUUACAGUCUUCGGAGCCACCACCACACUCUCAGUCCUGCACGGGACCAGGCAAGGCAGACGUUCAAUAA